UUCACCGAAAGAAUGGCAGUCAGCCUGGUGUUUUGUAAGAGUUUAACAAUUUGGGAGUCAAAUGCCCAUCCUUUGGAGAAAACAUUUACAGCGUAAAUCACUACUACUGUAAUACGUGAACUUCAACGCAAUCUGCUGUUUAAAAAUUGAUCGCUGGCACUGAGCACUGGAUCCAUGGCUUUGGAAGUCGAAGUAAUGUUUUCUGAGCUGCCAUUUCAGGUGGGAACAAAGACCUGUGGAAGAUGGAAUUACUCUGAACUAGAGAAGGAUAUUCCAGAGCUUGUUCAUGGUGUGCAUCAGCUCAUGACGACUGAUGAAUCAAAGUCUCCUGCACACAGAUCCAGAGGGGCACUUUCAGCACAAGAGCCUGAGUCAUAUUCGGUACCGAGUGCUGGAGGGUCACACAGUCAGAGGAAGACGGUUGCAGUCAAACCAUCUUCCAGAUAUUCUUCAGGGAAAGCCAAGUAUGUAAUGAGAAAGCCGCUGUACAACAUUUCCACUGAUCACAAGAAGCCAUCUUCCCAUGUAAGGAGAGAGUUGUUUCAAAAGAACUCCGAAAGGGAUUUACAGAUAGAGGACAAAAGUACCACACUACCAACUCCAAGUUGUGAAUAUCAGUCAAAGUCAGUGCAAAUGAAUGAUAACACUGAUUCUGGUUCACCUCAAAAAGGCUUGUAUGAACCAGCACCCUCACAUGCAGCAUUGUGCUCUAGAGAGUGGCAUACCUCAUACAGCCAAACAAGUUUAAGAUUUGAUAGUGGGAUCCCUAGAUCUAGUAGAUGUUACUUCUCUAGUCCACCUCUAGCGGACUACAACACUAUGGUGAAGAUGAGUCCCAGAGGGCUGUCUGCUCCCCGACUGUCUUCAAUAGAAGUAACUAUUCCUUAUUCACGACUGUCAAAAAAAAGCACAUCUCAGGUUUGGAAGUCUCCAAAUACAUCCAAUCAUUCUGGUAGGUCUUUACAUCAUAGCCUUGAUGAGCUGCUGGAUUCCAAGCACAGCAGGGAAAAAUCUCCUUAUCAGGCUGAUUACUGGGCAUGUGCAAUCCCUAGCUCCUUACCUCCAUCUCCCAAUCGAAAGUCUCCUCAUUGGGAUCCUAAUGAGGAAUACAGGGUCUUGCUUGAUUACACCUAUCCCUUAAGACCAAAUCAUUCUAGUUCCAGGGGCAAAUCAUAUGGGGAUCCUUUAGUUUCUGACUCAUUGCUGCAGGAUUCUGGUAUAGAGCUUAAUAGCUUCUGUUACUCAACCAACAGCACUCUGAGGUCAAUCAGUACACCAUGCCUUGAAUGCGACACUGCGGUUUUGAGAAACGACAGUUCAUCUAUUGAAAGAGCUUUCUCGGGCAAAGGUUUAGGACCCUCAGAUCCAGAGCAUAAGGAACCCUGUCCUUUGAAAUUGGGUUCUGCACACCAGCAGCAUGCAGGUUCUUCAAGAAGGUCCAUCAGCCCAUAUUCUUCACUCGACCAUGUCGACCUUUCUUUCGAAAACUCCAACAGUUCGGCCUGGUUUGAAUCGCAAAGCAAAAAACUUGCUGAACAGAGAACGUGGCACCGUAAAUAUGGGGUCUUUUCAUCUUCUGAAUCCAAGACUUAUUUUAUCCCCACUACAGAGAUCCUUCCAUUACACAAAGCAUGGGACAGUGAUGAAGAAUACCUUUCUCUGCCUUUAAGGCUAAAUGAGUUGGAGGUAUUAUCACAACAAUUAAAUACGAUAACAGUGCAGAUAAGCAAGCCUGGGAAUGUGCGCUGCGAAACACAAUCUGUUCUGGAAAAAGAUACUGCUUCACCCAAGUCCCUGUAUAAUCAAAAUGAGCCCAUGGCCAGUGAGGGAAUUGCAGAUUCUGAUGCCCCAUUUGGAACUCAAACCAUCAAGGAAGACUAUGACCUCGAGAGUGACUUAAGUGCGGAGGGUAAAUUUACAAAAAGCAAGCUGAAAAAGGUCUCUUAUUUUAUGGAGCAGCUUGGAGGAUUAUCUCAUUCUGAAUUUGAAAAGAAGACACAAGUUGACCAAAUCGGUGGCGAAACAAAGGAAUCGCUUAUGCAACACAUUCAGACGUUUUGCUAUAAACUGGAGGAGCUAAUUCAAUGGCUAUACAAAGUAGCUGAGAAAAUGGACAACUGGAAUCCUCCAGCACCGGACAUUGACAGUGUCAAGACUUCCCUUGAUGUCUACAAGAAGUUCCAGAGGGAAGUAGAUGAACACCAGCCUCUGGCUAGAGCAGUUUUAAAAGCAGGAGAAAUUCUUCUUUGCUGCAUGAGCUCCACCUCCCCAGUUCUAAAGGAAACUCUGGGAUUGAUUGAAAAGCAGUCGGAGGCCCUGGACAAGCAUGCAGAACACUUGUACUCCUCGAUACUGACCGCUAUGGAUAUCAUGCAAGAUGAGAUGCUGACAAAGUCUGACCUAAGUGGUGAUUCCACUGUGGAUUCAAAUCAGAAACAAGUCUUCUUGAAGCGUAUAUAGCUUGAGUUUCCUAUGGGAAAGAUAUUUCAUAAAGAGUCAGCAGCUGAAUGAAAGUGGAUUUGUGGAACAAGAUCAAGAAAUAUGAAGAUACAUUACCUCAGUCAACAUAACGUCAACACUGCAUUUCAGUGGUUAUGUAAUUGUACCCAUAAAUGGUACCUUUUUUGUGGCAUCAAUAUAAUGUAUUUCCUUUGUGCUGUGCAAUAAUAUAAUGCUUAACAUGCUAUUGUUGAAUCUGCUGUAUUAGAAUAUAUUGGAAUUUCAAUAUGAUUAGUUUUUAUUGGCACUUCUACACUAUGAACAUUUAAUUUAAAGAGUAAGCAGCAGGGUUCCAAAAAAAAAAAAAGCGUAAUAUGUGCUACAACAGUUUAAAUAAUGUGGCUGUAAUUUUUCCUGACAACUUUUGAAAGCUCUUUUCAAAUGUCUGCUGUAGUGCACGGACAGUAUAAGGAAGGAUUAUUGCCCGCAUUGUCAAACAGGUAAGCAAUAACGAUCCAUGAUGUGAUAUGGAACAGAAAACUAGAGCACAUGUUAAGAUUUUUUUUUUAUUUUAUUUUUUUGCAUGAUUUAUAGGAAAGCUCUCAAACCCCAGAGUAGGCAUUUUGAAAAGAGCUUUGAAUUACUAGUGUAAAAAGUUGGAUGUUAACAAUAAAAAGAAAAGUUACAGGUGUG